AUAGAAAAGCCUGUUGAACUAAAGUUAACAGACACAUACACAGAAAUGAGAAGUAACACUUCAAAACAAAGAGGAGGAGAUCCAGGAUUUCGGUAUUUGAAAAUGUUUAACUAUUUAAUGUCGAAUGUUGGACAGAUCAGUGGAGUCGAACUGCGAUCAAAUUCUUUGAAAGAUUCUAAACAGAUUCAUAGUUCUGGUCAUGUAAAUUCUGUAAAGAUAACACAAAAUUAUUUGCGUAAAAUAACAGCAGAUAUAACAGCUGACGCUGAAAGAUUACAAAUCAUAAGCUUUAGUCAAAACAACAUUUUGGAAAUUAAAAAUGACACAUUUAAAGGUCAUUUUGAUGUUGAACACAUUGACUUGAGUAAUAAUACAUUACGCUCAUUACCAGAUAAAAAUUUUUAUAACAUGCACAAAUUGAAAUUUGUUAGUCUCGCAAGAAAUAUAUUAACAACAUUACCAAGAAAUAUUUUCUCAACGCUUAAUGAAUUGAGCACUUUAGAUAUGGAAGGAAACAGUAUUACUCAUAUAGAAAUAACUCACCUUCCUUUCAAUAACUUUCAACUAAGCUAUAUAAAUCUAAAUUACAAUCCGAUCAUUAAAUUACCAGUGGCAAUAUUUUAUAUCCAGGGUUUGAAGACAGUUGACUUGAAAUACACAAAAAUUACUUUUUCUGCAUUAUGGUCCAUUUUGGAAACAAUUGACAUCUUAUCGUUAUUAAUAAGUAUUGCACCUGUAGUAGAUAUUUCUAACGAUAUAGUUUCGAAUUUAUUCCCAGAAAAAGCUACAGAUUUUGUAUGGAGAAACGUGGAUUUAACAGGAUGCAAGGUUUCUGGAUUUGAUUGGACCGAGGAACAGCGUACAGCUCUUACUUUUGCAAAAACUAAAUUGAGGAUAAUUCUGUCAUAUUUUCGUUUUGUUUUAACGGAUAAUCCAAUAGAUUGCUUUUCAAAUAAUAUAGUUUUUCUUAUAGAUCUGGUAAGCAUUAAUCGCAAAAACGGUAUUUUUUCUGGAAACGAAUAUUUUUUCAAUGAAUGGCGUUGUGAAAAUCCUAUCGAAUUUCGCGGAAGACUACUUUUUAAAAUCAAACCAGAAGAGACAUAUUAUAAGAUGCAUGACACUAACUGUCCAAGUGAAUGUGCAUGUUUCUUUCGCUAUAACAAGAGUAUUACAAUAAUUGAUUGUAGAGGUGCGAAUUUGUCAUCUGUACCGGAAUCUGUACCUCCAGGGCUCAUUGAUAUGUGGCUACAAAACAACAAUAUAUCAAUGUUGAAUUUUAGAGCAUAUUUUUACAACGUGAGACAACUUUAUAUGUCUAGCAAUAGUUUAAGAGUGAUUUAAGAUAACGUUUUCAGUGAAAUGAAAAAAUUGAAAUUUUUGAAAGUUGACCGCAACGUUUUAGGUUAUUUACCGAAAACCAUUAGAAGUCUCAAAUUAGAUGAGAUGUAUAUAGACCAUAAUCCUUUACUAUGUGAUUGCAACUCAUUGUGGCUCAAGUAUUGGAUGUUGGACAAUAUACUAGCAUUUAAACGACUUGAACAUAUAACAUGCAGAAGUUUCAACGGAAUAAAAAAGUUCUUGCAAGUACCUGAUGAGAAAUUCACAUGUGUAAACAAUUUUGCAAAGAGUUUUGUUGCUGAAAUUCUAGGAACACUAUUUGGAAUAGCAGCAAUGUGUUUGCUAACGAUAGCAAUAGUCUUUAGGCAAUCAAUAAAAGUUUUACUAUAUUUUAAGUUUGGUUUCCACCCAUUUGAUCGUCAGUCUUGCGAAGAUUAUGAGACAAUUGAUAUAACAUUCGUUUACUCU